AUACAUUCAUAAAUGAUCUCAGUGUUGAAGAAUGUUCAACAAAUCACAUUUUUAAAUACUUGCUACGGUAAGUGUGAUGAAUUGCGCAGUCUAACACCUAAUGUACAACACUCAAGAUGGACAGAAUGAGAGGUUUAUUUUUCUAUUUAGCCGUACUCACUCUGUGCUAUUCUUCAGUAGACUCAAAAAAAUACAUUUUCAACAGGAUGUUUGUUAUGAAAUGGGUAAUGUUGAGAUUCACCUCUCAAGAAAUCCCACAAAGUGAAACAGUAUGGCCUGUUAGGGAUAAAAACGGUAACAUCGUAAUGAAUAGCGACUCCGGGGACUAUUCUUCAGUUGUCGACCCAUAUUAUGCUAAUAUUGAUGGGAAGACUGGCUACAUAAUCAGUAUUGCUUAUCCAUAUGAUGUGGAAAUCAAAUGGGAUACGAAUUAUGUGCAUGACAACACAACCGUUUUGAACGUAUUGUGUCAGACGAAUGGAGGAAAUACUCAAAGGAUCCCGAAUUAUAUUACAUUAAGCAAGUAUAAAAAUCUUCGUCAUUCCAUCAUUCAUUGUUAUUUAAAGAACCUCACGCGACCUUUUCUGGAUGGUCUACAUGAUCUAAGAUGGCUAGAUUUGAGCAAGAACAACAUUUCUGCACUUGACGAAAACGUAUUUGAGGACCUGGUAGUCUUAGAGACUUUUGACAUAAGCGAAAAUCCGAUAAAGGUAUUUUCAAAAGGACAGUUUUGUAAAAUGCCUCGUCUGCAACGUCUUUCCGUGAAUAACUUAAAUCUGACUGUUUUUCCAAGAGAGGCGUUGACACGAAUAAAUCACAAUGAUUCAUGUUUGGAACAUUUAAUUGAACUCAACUUAUCUUACAAUCAGUUCAGUGAAAUUCCGCCAUUUGCGUUCUAUACUACGAGACGACUGAAACAUUUGCGUAUGGAAAACUGUUCUAUAACGAAAAUAUCAACCAACGCAUUUCACGGUCUGACCAAUCUCAGACUACUAGACUUGCAGAGAAAUAAGAUAACAGCUCUUCACGGAGCUACGUUUACCAAUCUUCCGAUGAUAAAUGUACUCGCUUUGACCUUCAAUGACCUGGUCGAGUUUUCUUUCAGCAUGAUCGUUGAUAACGUUUACCUUGAGCGAUUUUACCUCGGUGGUAAUAACAUAGGAAAUCUGACUGGAACCAUCAAUGCUAAUCGUAGACUGAGAACGAUUAGCCUCUUUGACAACAACAUCGUAACCAUAGCGAACGGAACUUUUCAUUCAACCAGUAUCAUUUAUCUCUACCUGACAAACAACAACAUUACAUAUAUUCAUCAAAGUGCUUUCAAAAUGCCGAAUUUAAGAUAUUUGGAUCUCAGUGGAAACGGUUUGGUGUCUCUAAGAAAAAAUAUGUUUUACGAACAACACGCUCUGCAGACUUUGCUGUUAAGCCACAACAAGAUUUCACGUAUCAGCAACUGGUCAUUUUGUGGCUUAUUCCUCUUAAAGAAACUUGAAGUCGAUUUCAAUGACAUUGAGAAGCUACCCAUUGGGCUAUUUACGGAAAUGCCGAAAUUGGAAGUAUUUAAUAUUUCAAACAAUAAAUUGUCAGCGAUAGAAGGGAUAACAUUCAAGGGAAGGUCUCCAUCAUUGUUGAAUGUUCUCAAUUUUGGACAUAAUAUGAUAAGAACCAUAGACGCUGGUGCAUUUAAGUGGACUAUGUAUUUGGCAAAUUUGAGCCUUCACAACAAUAUGAUUGAAAAUGUCCAAGGUGAACUCUUCAGACACUUGUCACAAUCAUUGCAAAUCAUCUUGCUAAAUGGAAACAAACUUUCUUCGCUACCUGAUGUUGUUUUUAAAGGUCUUGCCAAUUUACAGUAUCUAGAUUUGUCAAAUAACACCAUUAGGAAGUUGCCCGGUGAUAUAUUUGACGGCUGUGAGAGUCUGAGGAAAAUCUUUUUAGAUAAGAACCAGCUCACAGAGUUCAAUGUUUCCCUGGGAUCACUCGGUAACCUGAAAUACCUUGGGAUUAGCCACAAUAGACUACUGGACGCAUAUCAACUCUUCAAAAAUAUCAAUGACGUCCCUUCCUUGAAUAAACUAUGUUUAUCGCAUAACAAUAUGACGUCUCUUGGACCUGGGCCAAGUAUUCGUAGGAGUUCUUUACCUGCACUAGAACUGGUUGACGCAAGCCACAACCUCUUAACUGAGCUACCAUCAAAGCAGUUCUACUUGUCAAUGAUUCUUUCGAUAGUGAAUGUGUCAUUUAAUCACAUACGAACGCUGUCGCCGUUAAAGUUUAGGUAUCACUGGCAAAUGCCAAAACCUGUUGAGAUACACGCGGCAAAUAAUGCGCUUGUCUGUGAUUGUACAAUGAGGUGGUCAAAGAAGCCAACUAGCCCACAGCCAACCUCUGUUAUACAGAACUCGACAGCAUUGGAAUGCAUGAUACCUGUUUUGAACGAUAGCCGUUGGUAUAAGAUACGAGAUGUCCCCCUCAACCGUUUCCUCUGCCGUAUAGAAGAUCAAUGUCCAAAAGAAUGUGAAUGCUUUGGGGAUGAAUCGCAUAUGCAUUUGGUUAGAUUUCUUCAUGUUAAAUGCACAAACAAAGGACUUACGCGUAUACCAAUACCAGCUGUUCCCUCGAUCACUAACAUUCUUGAUGUGUCACAAAAUAGAUUCCAUUUUCUGGACUCUCGAACAUUUUCCAAUUCCACAUUUUCAACGUUGGAGAACUUAAACAUGACUUCAUGUGGUAUAACAGAACUUCGUGGGGAUGAAAUAUUUCUUGGAGUAAACAAAACAAAGAUACUGGCAUUGAAUAAUAAUCUGAUAGCAAACCUAACUGGAAAUCAUUUUAAAUAUCUGUAUCUAGACGAAUUGCAUCUUGCCUUUAACGUCAUUAGAUCAAUCCACAGAAGUACCUUUAACCCCUUCUGGCGUUUACGUGUGCUUGAUCUAAGAGGGAAUCAGCUACACAGCGUAGACACAAAUGUAUUUGAUAGUCUCAAGCGUUUAAUCAUGGCUGGGGAAGCAGGUCGCAACAGAAGUGAUGUUGAAACAACAGAGUGUUCCAUAAAACUGUCACAUAACCCAUGGGAUUGUUGUGACGCUCUUCCUUUAAAAUCCUGGAUGUUCAAAGUGCGUAAUGUGAUAACUGAUUAUGAGGAUAUAUAUUGCAUGAAUGGAAAUCAGACUUCCCCGACCCCAUUAUUUCAGACACAAGAUUCUAACUUGACCUGUGUUCCAGAAAUGAUAAUUCCAUUUCAAUUCACUACCACCUUUAAUGUUAUCACAGGGCUGUUAACUGCUGUCGUCCUCAUAUUUCUAUCUGCUUCACUUGGAUGGUAUUUUCGAUUUCAUAUAAGGCUGAAGUUGUUUGUCUGGUUCGGACUACGAUUUGACAAAAUAGAAGAGUCGGAUAAGCGAUAUGACGCUUUUCUGUCGUAUACUGGACUUAAUGGAGAGUGGGUUCGGGAUGAACUUCUGACUAGACUCGAAAACGAAGGUCACAACCUCUGUCUGCAUGAACGAGAUUUUGCGGCUGGAGAACCAAUCGUUGACAAUAUCAUUGAUGCAAUAGAAGAAAGCAGACGUACAAUCAUUGUCCUUUCAAAUCAGUUUCUUCGAGGUGGCUACACUAUGUAUGAAUUCAUUAAAUCACACGACGACUGGGUCAGAGGUGAACGGGAACCUGUUAUUGUGGUUCUGUAUGACCCCAUAGGCAGCCUCGAUAAAGAGGAAUUAGCCAAGUAUCCAACUCUUGAAACAUACAUCUCUACACGAACAUAUCUCGAUAGAAGCAACAAAUAUUUCUGGGAGAGCAUCUUGCUUGCUAUGCCAAGACGUAAAAGAACAGUCAAUAGUGUUCCGAAUGAAAGAACCCCCAUAAUGACGUAAAUUAAAGAUUAAUAUGUUUUUGAGUCGUGAACCAAAUGCUAUUGUCGGGAAUCUGGGAUAUGUUUUAAAGUCUUAAAGUCUUGUAAGCAAUUGUGCGGAAUGGACCUACUGUAUAUGGUAGUAAAUGGACAUAUCGUAUAGUAGUUUAGUUCAACGCCGUCUUAAAAUCUUGUACGCAAUUGUGGGGAAUGGACCUAAUGUAUAUAGCUAACAGUAAAUGGAACUAUUGUAUAUAGUAGUUUAGUCCAACGCCGUCUUUAAGUCUUGUAAGCAAUUGUGAGGAAUGGACCUAAUGUAUAUAGCUAGCAGUGAAUGGCCAUAUUGUUGUAUAUAGCAGUUUAGUCCAACGUCUGAAAGUCUUAUAAGCAAUUGUGUGGAAUGGACCUCUUGUAUAUAGCUAAAGUCCAUUUCACUGCUUCAUUUCGUUAGUAGAACGGCAAAAAUAAGAAAUUGGGAGACCAUUGUGCAAUAAUAUAUGGAAAAGUAUAUUCAUAAUGUACAUGAAUGACAUUUGUAUAUCUUGGAUUGCUUCUAGUUUGGCUUAUAAAGUGUGUGGCCUCUUAUAUUUGGAUGUUUCUCUGCCAUGUUAUUUUCAAUAAGAUUAACAUGGCUGAAAUUCUUCAAAUUACAAGACGGCACAGGCUUAUUGCACAAAAGACUAAAAAAUCUGAAAUAAACAAAUGCCAUUCAUGUACAUUAUGAAUAUACUUUUCCAUAUAUUAUUGCACAAUGGUCUCCCAAUUUCUUAUUUUUGCCGUUCUACUGACGAAAUGAAGCAGUGAAAUGGACUCUAGCAGUAAAUGGAUCUGAUUGUGUAUAGCAGUUUAGUCUAAUAAAAUAUAUCUAAUCGAAUAGUGGACUGAUUUUGUUUUGAUCGGUGAUAUGCAACAGGUUUGAACUUAAGUUGAAUAAAUCUAAAAGUGUCCUGCAAAUUAUUGAUAAAGUGCCCUCCCUGGCCAAAAAUUCCUUUCAAAAUUAUGCAACAGUUCACGGCUUUGGCAUUUCUAACAUGUGAUUUUGGACCUGAACUGUCAAAUUCGGAAUUCUUUUUAAAAACUCACCCUGCUUGGC